UGUUGGUCGAGCUGCCAAAGAGUGUAAGAGUGUGUCAUAGUGUUGGUGAAUGUGGUUCGAUACAAAUAAUUCGACAGAAAUGGUGUUAAUUUCGUAGACGCAAAAGUAUACGAAAAUAUAAGUGCCAAAAAUAAUAGAUAACAGAUUUAUCAGGUGUGAGGACCCGCGAAACUUUGAUUAAAAAAAAUGUAAAUGUCAAAAAAAAUCGAAAAUUUCAAGACAUCUAAGAUUUGAAGCAGUAGGCAAGAGAGAGAGAGAGAGAAAGAGAGUAAGACGCGACAAUGACCUCUACGUGAGAGUUCCAUAAGGAUACAAGUGCCAUGCUCCAAGAUGCGCUGGCGAAAGGCCCAAGGAUUCGAUCUGAAUGAAGAUGGGCGGGGUCCCAUGGGUACCGUAACAGCCCAUGGAGACGAGCUGCCCCUGGUGACGUCAUCCCAGCCGCGCGUGACGUCCCCGACGCAGCAUACCCAGUCCCAGCAGGUGCCCUCCCCGGCGUCGCCCCAGUCGCUGCCCUCGACGCCGCUGACGGCCCUCUCCACCUCGACCCUCGACGACGUACCCAGCCUGCAGGGCACGUCCUCGACGGCGCGGACUGACGUCUCCAGUGCCCGGAGCUCCUCGUCCGCCUCGGCGUCGUCGCCCAAGACGGCGAGCCCUUCCGAGACGCCCGAUGGGGACAAGAGGUCGCUGAGUCAUUCCGGGAGCAGCCCCCUGAGGCUGGCCAAGGCUCCUCCUCCUCCGGCGGCGACCUCGCCGAGGCAUCAUUCGGAGGUCCCCAGCCCCCUCAGGACGACGAUCCACAUCGCCGCCUCGCGUCCCCACUCCUCUGGGGCGAUGACUAGUCCCCCGACGGGGGUACAGCAGCUGCCCUUGAGUCCCCUCAGGCUUCAGCAGCCACUCAGUCCUCAGCGGACUCCCGGCAGUCCCCAGCACACGACGACGCCACCAGCAGUCAGUCCCCCUCCCUCGGCCAGUCCUUCAAGGCCUCCCUCCACCGUCACCGUCGUGGCUUCCUCGAGGCCCCCAUCGCAGCAUAUACCCACAAGCCCUUCUUUCACAGGAAGAGAAAAUGGCAGCAGCCUGGUCGUGGUGGUCAACGGAAGCGCCCCUUCCUCCGACCCCACUCAGAGGGUCGUCUCGACAAACCAUACGAACGUGACCACGACGACAACCAUUCCCAUAGGCAACCCCCCUCCUCCCCCUCCUCCUCAUCCCCCCGCAGGGAGCGGAGUCGCCGACUCGUCCUCUGCCAAAAUCCUGGAGAACGACCAGCCUCUUCCUCCUCCGUCGUCGUCCUCCUCGGCCCUGACGAGUCGAAAGUCGCGCAAGUCGCACUCCAAGACGAACAGCGCGGACUCCUCGUCCCGACGGAGCGGCGGCGGCCACGAGAAGAGCAAGUCGGUGACAAUCGUCGUCAACGACCAGCACGUGACCUACUCCAACACGCCCACAACCUACACGACGACGGCGCUCCCGAACUCCAACGGGAGCACCACCGCCCCCAACGGGAGCAACGGCUACUUCCACCCUCACCACCAUCACCAUCACUCGAAAGUGCCUUCGGCCGGGAAUGGGGAGACGGUUUUCGCCAACGGGCAUUCCUCGGGGCCCAUGGCCCACCUCCCUGGGGACUCCACGAGGCCCUCGUCUUCGGCGUCGACCCACGCUGGGGGCGGGGGGUCAACCAACAAGGGUGACCCUGAUAUCCAGGUUCGUCCUCUGGUGGGCUGGUGGGGGGAAGGCGGUAGCGCCGCUGUUUUAGAGGAGACAGCCUCAUCCGACGAUUGCCAUCGCUCCACACUAACUCUUGUGCAUUCUCCCGCCCGCACCCUAUCCAGGGCAGUAUCUAUCAUCCUUUACCUCAGCGGAGAGGCCAGCAGCGCAGUCACGGAAGACACAGGGGAAGCCUGGGGGAGCGUCCUUUCCGGAAUCUGCGGGGUCAUUUUGGUCGUAGGAGCAGCCACCUUCCUCCGCCUUCCCCGCCUCUUGUAUGUGUACGGGGCAGGAACUUUCCUCUCAGCUUGGCUUGCUGUGUUGUUAAUAGUAGCAGCUCCCCUGGCCUACUUAGAAGCAGGACUAUCCCAGUUCAGCAGUUCGGCAGCCCUGGCCGUGUGGAGGCUUGUUCCUAUAGCGAGAGGUGUGGGAUGGUCGUCAGUUGUGGUAUGCUUUUACUGGAUUGUCGUUGUCAUAGGAUAUCUGGCUCCAUUGGUCCAUUAUAUCCUCAUAGGAAUCGAAUCUGAUGUCCUGCGGGAUGCAAUCUCUGGCCAGUGCAGCGAGAGCAUAAACAGCAAUUUCACAAACAAUGGAGACUGGGCUGUUGACUAUUUCAGAGUCUGUGUAUAUAGUUUGCCCCAGACGUGGGACAUGGACCUCGACAUGAUGUUCACCUGGCCAUUACCUGCUGGUGUAGCUGCAGUGGUGAUUGUAGUGACGUUCAUCUCCAUAUGCGGUAUCCGUGUCCUUGCUAGCAUCACAGGCGUCAUGACCAUAAUAGCUGUAUUGGGUUCCAGCCUCCAGUUAGCCAUGGGCCUGACCGAAAUAUUCAGGAGAGACACCGAUGCCCUUUGGAAGCUGGUGCAACCUUUCGUCAUACCACAAGUUGAUGUCCUGUUGCAGCCGUGGGUUUGGUGUGCAGCUCUGGCCCACGUCUUUCUGUCCCUGGGGCUGGGCGUCGGACUCCUCAUGAAUUUCUCCUCCAGAGGCGCCUUCAGAUUCACCCUGAGGAGGCACUUGUGGGGUCUGAUUAUACUAUUAGCCGUGGUAACAGCUCUAGUAUCUGCUGUCAUCGUCCUUCAACUCACUCUACUGGCCGAUGACAGAGGUCUCAAAGUGGCCCAGGCUCUUUCAACUGUCAUCUCAGAGUUUAAUUCAACGGGCAAUACGUCGGACCUCAUCAUAACAGUAGUUCCUGAGGACGUUGGUGUGAGCAUAGGAACUGCAGUAAUUACUGCCUCACACUUGAUAGCCAUUUUUGUUUUGCCUUACAAGUGGCUUCAACAAAUAGUAUCAACAAUUGUGUACUUAGGGCUUUGGUGCGGAGGAGUGACAACUGCAACUAUAUGUAUCCACGCUCUGAUCGUGGCCCUCAAGGAUAUCAGCGACUGUCUUCCAAGAGCUGUGGCCGCUAUCAUUUUGGCCCCUUUAAUAUUAGCUGGUGCUGUGGCCACGUCCAUCAAGGGUGGGGCUGCAGUAUUAACCCUGUUAGAUUCCAGCGUAUUAACACCUGUAGUGCUGUGGCCUCCCUUCACACUCACCUUAGCCGUGACCUCUGUAUAUGGUAUACACAAAGUAAGGAAGGAUUUCACCUUCAUGUUGGAAGCCACAGUUAGUCUCCUUUGGAUCCCAGUAUGGGGUUUCUUCAUCCCUGCUGUCCUGUUGGGUGUUGUCAUUUGGGCGUGCGUUAUCAAUUGGGCCGAGAUCAUUGUUGCAGAUGGUCCUGUCUGGAGAACAGCCUUGAUCUGGGGCCUGAGAGCUUUGGUUCUACUGCCAGUACCCAUCACUGCUAUAUAUGUUGUCAAGUCACAGUUAGCCUAUGGUAUUAUGGAUAAAGUGGCAUCAUCUUUGCAAUCGUCAAGAGAGUGGGGCGACUGGGGUCCGCAGGACCCCAUCGAGCACCACAACUGGAGAAGGUGGAGGGAGGACGAAACCCGUCCCAUCACCUCCCUGAAACGGCGCUUUGCAAACCGCCCCCUAACCUACACCCAUUCCACCCUCAGCAGCGAGUCUUCCUCGACCCUAACGAGGCUUCGCAACAAGUACCAAAGGAAUGGCACUGCAAGUAUCCUUUGAUCUCCUCCUUUCAUUGUAUCUGACAUUAAAAAUGUAUUUUGUCAUUUGAGCAGAAAUGUCUCAGUAAGUAAGUUCACAGGCAGAAUUGUGCGUCAUGUCACUUGCUUUUGGUUUUUGUGUCUGUAAGACAACUCACAAGAAAGAGCACAGUACUUCUACCACUAGUUCAUGUUGACUGUUUUUAAGCUUCAACACAGAUCUUUAUCUGGAAUUUUUUGUGUUUUAAAAAUUCUGGCUGGAAAAUGACCACCAUAAUACUUUCCCUUUUUUCUUCAGGUCUCUUCAAGAUUUCCAAUUGAUAUAAAAGAGUACACUGAUCUCAACUUAGGUUAUAUUUGAGUUUUCUUCACCCAUCUUUCUUGGGAACUAUAAAUAUAUUUCCUGUGUUGGUCGUGACCAACGUCCAUCUGUUGGCUUUUAUAAUCAAAGUACUGUAAAAUGUAUAAUUUUUCAAAGUAGUACUAUACAUCUGUCUAUCUCAAGAGAGUGCGUACGAUAUAUUGUGUAUAUACGUAUAAGCUGAAAUGAUCAAGUCCUCAUUCUGCUAUCUUUCAAUGUAAAUAGAUAAUCAAAUGUUUUUGUGCAGAUUACUUAGUAUUUUGUAGCCUCAGAGAAAUUUCCAAACAUAUUUCAUGUGCAGAAAAUUAUAUAUACAAGCUCAGAAUUCUUAUGUAUUGGCAAAAGGCGACAUAUCUGAAAAGAAGGACCAUGAAAUACCCAGGAACAAAAAAUGCACCAUAUCAAGAUUUCCCCCUUUUUUUUCUGAGUUUCAAAACCUCACUUGUGAGGUCAAAACAUAUUUUGGAAAAGUAUGAGAUGAUGUUUGUAUAUGGAAAAACAAUAAUGUAAUGUCUUUGCAACAUAGGCAUAGUUUAUAUCCAUUGAAUAAUAAUGUAUAAUCUUCAAGAAACAUUGAUAUAAUUUCAUGUGUACAAUUUUUUUCAAGUGGUAAAUUAUGUAAGACAAAUCCUGCAGGUGUCUGGAACCUCAGUGGACUGAACAGAGAAUAUCUGUGAUCACUGGUAUCAAAGGCAAGUAUGUCAGCAUUUGACAGAUAGCCAAGAAGUUUUCCAAGAAACAAAUUUGAGGAAAAUGUCAUUUGCAAGAUAUUGAGUAAUGUCAGUGCAAUUAAGACAAAAAAAAGUGUUGAAGAAUAAGUCUGCAGCAUUUUUUGUCUCAAUAUUUAUAUAAUUUUCCGGUAACAUUCCUUUUGAAAGGAGAAUGUAAACUAAUUUAGGAGUUUGUUUUCCUUUUAGACGAGAGAAAGGCCACUACUGAAAAUAAUGGAGUCAAGUUUUUCAUUUUGCUUAAUUUUUCAUUCUAGCUUUUCAUGAUAUUGUGCAAGAAAAAGAUUGUUGUUAUUUUCUCCUUGAAUUGCUUUCAGUCAUGAAUUUUAUUUCUCCGGACAUUUUUCAAACUACUACUACUCUCAGGCUUCAGAUAUCUUGAUAGCUUUAACUCCUGAUGGUACAUGCAUCUUCAGGCAGUGCUCAUCCGUGAUCUUAUGCUUUUAAUGUUUGCCCAAUAUAGAAUGAGAAACACAGAGAGCCUUAGUAAUAUGGAAGGUUCAAAAGAAGAGAUUCUUUACGUAUGUCCAAACUUUCAGAGGGUCAUCUGCCUCCUUCAAGGAGCCACCCUCCCUGAAGAUGGAGACAGACAGACAGUCCUCUUGAAGCUGGCAAAUAAAGAAUCUCUUCUUUUGAACCUCCCAUAUUAUUGAGGUCCUUUGUGGAUGUCAUAAAUUUAUACACAGUGAAUUUGUGUUUUUUGGAGUAUAGCAGUGAAAUUUAUCUAUUUUCGGCUGCUGAGCAAUGGAUUUUAAGGCAUUUUGGAGGAAGCUUUUAUUUAUUUAUUUAGUUUUUUUUUGCCCCAACUCUGAGUUUCCCUGACAUAGUUCCAUUCCCCCUGACUGUCUUUUGAGUUCCACCAUUGAGUUUAAGCUUAAACUCAGGUUGUAUUUUUCACAUUGUCCAGCAAAAUAAAAAAAAUGGAAAAAGUUGUUUUAUGAAGCAUGACGAAGACGCAUGGAUGCAAUUGCCUUAUAUUGUGCCCCCUUAAAAAUUAAGUUAUUUUGCUUGCAGUGUAUUAUUAUAAAACGCUGAAUCUGUGAUGUGUUUUAUUACAAGUAUUCCAAGUGUGAGACGGGUUAUACUUAAGUCACAGCUCAAGAGAAAAGCCAUGUUUGCAUCGUUCAUAAGUAUUGUAGGUUGAGUGAAGGUUUUGGUUUUGUUGCCAUAAUAUGCAUUGUAUGUGAAGCAAUAUUUGCAUGAAGUUGUAAGGAAUCCCCCCCCCAAAAGAAAAUCAGUGAUGCAUGAGUUUAUCUUGAAUUCAUGCAAAGAUAACUUUUUUUUUUUUAAUUAAA